AUGAUGUUUUCCGCAGAUAAUCUCACCAUGAAUAACAGCACUGCAUUCGAUUUUAAGCCUCUCGAUGCAAGAGGUGAUGACGAGCUUCCUGUUGUGCCAGUGGUAAUCAUUUUGUCAUUUCUCUCAUUCGGUUCAGUGCUUGGCAACAGUCUUGUGGUCAUCGCCAUCCUUAUCCAUCCAGCUCUUCACAGCGUCACUUAUCUAUCGAUCUUCAGCUUAGCAAUUGCAGAUCUCCUGGCUGGAAUGGUGGCUAUGCCGAGUUACAUUUUAAAAAAGUUUUCCUUCGGUGAUCCCAUGGAUAUCAUAGUGUGCGAUGUCUUCCGUUUCUCAUAUUUCCUCACCGGCUAUGCCUCAGUUCUUAGCCUUGCUGUCAUCAGCAUAGAGCGCUUGCUUGCGGUGAAAACGCCGCUGAGAAGUACAACCGUCGUCACACACCGUCGAGUAAUAAUGGGCUUAUUGAUUGCGUGGUUUGACGCGCUCGUGAUUUCGUCCCUUCCGUUUGUUCCCUGGGAUUCGAGCGAUUCUUACAAGGAAUGCAACUACAACCCGACUCGUUGGUGGAGUAUUAUGGUCAUCAUAGCUAACGUUAUUUUUCCAUUUUUGGUGAUUGCCACAUGCUAUACUUAUCUGUAUCUGAUAGCCAAGACCCACAUCAAAAAGAUAUUAAGUGACAGAAGUAGUCUGGGUCAUGGCACUUCCAAAAUGCCUAAACAAAGAAAUGAACGUCGAGCAACUAUGACUAUAUUCAUUGUCAUUGGGGUAUUCGUGGCUUCCUGGUUUCCAUCUUGUUUCUAUUACUUUUUUCAAAAAACCUGCCCACAGUGUUUCUCUGAGUCUUUUCGAUCAAAGCAUCAAAGUAUUUUUAACGCUCUUGUAAAGAUUUUGACUUUCACAUCAUCCUUUGCCAACCCCUUGAUCUAUUGUUGGAGAAGCAAGCAUUUCAGGAAUGCUUUUCGAAAGAUUUUAUCAAACAUUUCUCGGCGUUUUGCCAAAGAUUAUAACAGUAAUAUAUCAAUGGAAAUGUCUCGCUAUGGGGGCAGCACAUUCAGCAGUGAGGCAGUGAAUGCGCCAAGACUACAAAUGGGAAAUGCUGUUUCGCCCGAAAACGGCAUCCGAAGAAAAUCUACAGGAAUUAAUGAACACAAUUUGCACAAGCGGACGACGGAUCUUCCCGCAGACCAUCGCAAUAACAAUCUUACUCUAGAGUAA